UAUUUAAAGUCCUCUACAAAUGGAAUGAUUCCAUUAUGACUUUUCUUACAGAUGCCCAUUCCAAGAAAGCACAAAUGUCCAACAGCAGUUCCAUCAGCUACUUCCUCCUGCUGGCAUUGGCAGACACGCGGCAGCUGCAGCUCCUGCACUUCUGCCUCUUCCUGGGCAUCUCCCUGGCUGCCCUCCUGGGCAACGGCCUCAUCAUCAGCGCUGUAGCCUGCGGCCACCACCUGCACACGCCCAUGUUCUUCUUCCUGCUCAACCUGGCCCUCAGUGACCUGGGCUGCAUCUGCACCACUGUGCCCAAGGCCAUGCACAAUUCCCUCUGGGACACCAGGAACAUCUCCUAUGCAGGAUGUGCUGCACAGCUCUUUAUUCUUGUCUUCUUCCUUGGAUCAGAGCUUUCCCUCCUGACCAUCAUGUGCUAUGACCGCUACGUGUCCAUCUGCAAACCCCUGCACUACGGGAUCCUCCUGGGCAGCAGAGCUUGUGCCCACAUGGCAGCAGCUGCCUGGGCCAGUGCCUUUCUCAAUGCGCUGCUGCACACGGCCAAUACAUUUUCCCUGCCCCUGUGCCAUGGCAAUGUGCUGGGCCAGUUCUACUGUGAAAUCCCACAGAUCCUCAAGCUCUCCUGCUCCAAAUCCUAUUUCAGGGAACUUGGACUCCUUGCUGUUAUUACUUGUUUAGGACUGGGCUGUUUUAUGUUCAUUGUUUUCUCCUAUGUGCAGAUCUUCAGGGUUGUGCUGAGGAUCCCCUCUGAGCAGGGACGGCACAAAGCCUUUUCC